CUUCUUAUUUCGCUGGCUACAUGACAUGUUUUUCUGAGUGCGGCUCGGUGGCAGAUUGGAUUUGUCUCCGGGUUUUCUAGAUCGAUCUUGCUCUGGGAUUUACCGGCUUAUUUGAUCCGUGUUUUGGGGUAUUAGUGUUGUAGUAUUGGGUAGUAGUUAUCCUUUGGUGAAUUCGUUCGUAGUGGCAUAUUGGGGUGCUUCGCUCUCACGCUAGCCGCAAAGCUCGUGUGAAUGGGUCAAGUCUGGAGUUGUGCUUUUUGGCACAACACGGCAGAGUUGCAAGCGAGUUCUUAUUCGGAUGCUGCUGCGCUUUUACUUCUUUUUUUGGCCGAGAGUUAAUAGCUAGUGUGAAGCAAGAGUGCUCUAUAUGAUUUCGUUAUGAUUUUUGAUCUUGCUGUGCUCGCCCUGCCGUCAAUGAAUCGAGGUGUAGUAUUUCACAAAUGAAUCGCUACUUUUGGCUGGUAGAUAAUACUGGUAAUAGGGGUAGUAGCAGUAGCCAGUAAGUGAACCAUCAGUUCAUCAUUAACAAUUGCAGAUUUGUCCUUCACAUCACAUCAAAGUCUCGUAGUACCACCUUUGAAUUAAUAGUUCAAUACAGCACUAGAAGAAUUUUUAUCUUGUUACGGAAUGAAGGGUUUUUCUCCUACUAGUACUACCAGUUCCUUACGAUCUCUCCGUACCUUCUGCUGGUCUAUUCCCGGUUGGUAUGCGUUACUUGUGCUUUCUUGAGCUGUUUUAUGUUCCUGCCUCUUUUGGUGAGACUGACUACAGUUUGUACCAGAGAACAAAGAUUCCUUGCUGCUUAUCUGCGACACUGCAAGAUGUCGGUAGCCAAGAAGGAAGAGGUUUGCGGUCAUCCGCGGAGAUUGGGUGAGCCAGCUGUUGGUGUUCCUAUUAAGAAAAGGCCCGUUUUCUUGUCUGACAAAUCAGUUCCAUCUGGAUUAGUGCUCCCGAUGAAGCCAUCAUCUACAGCGACGGGGAUAUCUGUCUCAGCCGCAGGGGCAGGCUGUAGCAAGGAGCCUUUCUUGAAUCGAUCUAAAUCAGAUGUCCCCCAUCAAUCCGUUUCUCCAUUUGCGAGUGAGAAGAAUGGAGUGCUACUUAAUUUCUCAAGCGUGAACCCCUCUUGUGGAGAGAGUGGUAGAGGAAGGAGCGUUGCUCCCAUCGUCAAAUCACAGUCUGAGAAGUUCUUGACUUUAGAUCUACAGUUAACAUCUCGUGAAAAUUCCAAAAUCAAUAAUAGUUCCCCUGUGAAGAAAGAGAAAGUAGACCAGGUUAUUUCAAUCUUUCCUUCAGCAAGACCUCCCAAGGAUAUUCAAACAACACUUAGCAUGGAAUCUCCUACGAACAGUAGUUUGGGAAAACUAUCUAAUUUAGAUCUUAAUGUGUCAUUGGACCCAGUUGAUCACCUUGAAGGCUUGCCUGCAAUGCAGACGAGCUCUAAUGGACUAUAUCAUAGAACAUUUCAGCAUCAGAAAGCUCAGGUUCCCCUAGUGGCACCAAUUUCUACAACAAGAAGUGAACUCAGUCUAAACAUUGACAGUACUGUGAACCUGUCCAGUACAUGUCAAUUUUCUUGUAAGAGUGGAGAAGAUGAUGUCACCUUAGAUUUGCAACUUAAACCACCAACCAGGCCUGUGCUCGGAAUAAGCUGGAAAGGACUUGCUCCUGCUCCUGAGCUCAGUCUAUCUCUAUUUGGUAAUCACACAGAUGAGCCUAAGGAUCCAAGUGAACCUGAUGCUAUAUUCAAACCUGAACCUGUUGAAAGAGCAAAGAAGAUGAGUGGGGAGGUUGCCACACCAGGGUCUGACAAAUCACCAGUCGAGAAGAUUUUGAAACCUGUACCCUGUAAUGCAAACCCUCGCAUGACUUUGCCAUCAACAACAGUUCCUGGAAAUGUGAAUUUAAUGCCCAGUACUUUGGUGAAGAAAGAGCCUGAAGAACCUUCGUGGCAAAAUAUUCAAAAGAAUGCAGAAAAGGCACCCCUGUUUGAACAGCAAACUGUCGGGCUGGUUAGCAAUCGUGCAGAAUUUGAGAAAACUGGCGAUAUAAACCAAGUGCUUGGUGAAGCUAGCUUUGAUUUGAACUCUGAAAUACUUAGAAACAAUAGUAUCCACAAUGGACUAGAGGUAGUGACUGAUAAUGUUCCUGCACAAACGAACAUGUCAUGUGAUGUCGUUUGCACUGAGAAUAUGCCUGGUGUUUCUGAUGUCGAGAAAUUUAUCAAGCAAGAAGAAAUCACAGCAGAUACUCCGAGUCCAGUGAUUGCAACAGCCAGUGGCCAGCCUGCAUUAUCGAUUGCGAAAUCAUUGCUUUUGGAAGGUAAUGUUGGCAGACCUGCUGUUGGAUCAUGUGAAUCACCUGGACAGCCCACCAUUAUAGCACCUGCUGUUGGAUCAUGUGAAUCAGCUAGACAGCCCACCAUUCAUACUUCAGAACCUGCAUGCUGUAAUCCUGUUGAGGCUAGUACUGAUUGUGAACCAACAGUUAGUCAUGUUCAUGCUCGUGAAAAUAUGACAUACAAGUCUUGUGGUGCUAAAGUUUGUGAUAUAUCCCGAAGUUCCUCCAAACCUCUAGCGAAAUCUUUGGUGUUGAAUUGUCUGGACCGUGCUUCAUUUGAUGUUAUGUCUCAAGGGAGUGCUUCAAUGGACUGUUCAGAUGAUGGUGAUAAUGUUGUUUCACAGUUGCCAAUUACCAGCAAUCCUCAUGUUGAGUUAUUAGGGAACAGUCAAAACACUGAGACUAAUAACUUAAGCACAGAGCAUCGGAAAGAAGAUGACAUUGAUAUGCAUCAUGACUGUUCAUCCGUGAAAAAUAAGGUUCAUAUGCAGGGUAUUGACAAUGUCAAGCAUGUUAACACAAAAGAUGUUAUUGCCACUCUUUCAGGUGAGGAAGAGCAUGAAAGUGAGGUUAACGAGAAGUCCAAAGACAAACAGUUGCUGGCAUCAGAUAAGAGUUCCCCACCGAAUAAUACUGAUGUCGCCAUGCAAGAUGUUAAGAUUGCCACAGUUGCCAGUUCAGCAGAUCUCAAAAUGUCAUCAGCUUUGGGAACUUCAGCUUCGGCUGAAAUAGUUUCAACUGGGCAAUCUAACAAUACUUUUGAUAACUGUGCCGGGAAGAGUAGAAUCCCAAUGAUAAAAUCCGAAAGGAGCCAGUCUCCUGAUGGUAAACAAGCUGCUAAUUGUAGUGAGGGCAAUGCAAAAGUUGCUGCAGUUGCUGUAAAGAGUGAGCAUGGGACAGGAAACGAAGAGAUUGCUAGAACCUCUAAUUUACACCCAAGUGAUUCUAUUCUGGCUGAAGAUUCACAUCUAGAUGGAGCUUCUAGCAGUCAACCACAUAGUGAAUGUACAAAGUCAAAGUCGGCAUGUGAAGGGUCAGAACACGAAAAAUCCAAACCUGACUCUUGCAUGACAUCUUCUGUACAGAAUGAAAAAGAUGGACAGGUUAAUGUAUCACAUUGGCGAGAGGUGGCGAAUGCGUGUGUGAAUAGGAAUGAAAGAUGGGAGAGGUUCAUGCAAUCUGAGCGAGAGAAGCAUAAUGAAGAAUAUCCUGGUGGCAGACAUGCAUCUGACAUGAUCAAUCAACGAAGGACAGAUCAUCGUUACAGUGGUCGUGGUGCUGGAUAUCAUGGCCAUCCAAGGAAUUUCCAAGGCCCGAGAAUGAAUGAUGAGUCUGAAAUUGACUUCACGGAUGGACCUUUGAUUGGCAGAAGACGCCCAUUUGAAAAUGGCAUUGGUCAUUUGCACCGAGUUCCACAUAGGCGGCUGCGCUCACCACCGAAUCAGAUGUCUGGCUGCCUGAUGAGAGAUAUGGACCAUGACAGAUUUUCUGGAAGAGACAUUCUGGACCCUAGGCUCUUGGCACAUGGUCAAAUGGAAGAUUUUCCAGAUGACAUGAUGGAAGAGAGCUUUUUCAUACACCACCCACAGCACGCACUAGGUGAUCAUCCAUUUAUUCGUAGGGAUAGGAGCCAUUCACCUGAGCAAAGAAGGGGUGCUCCUAUGCAUUUCCAUCGGGGACGGUCCCCUGAAGCGAUGCACAGACCACCACCAUUAAACAGAACUGACAGACCUUACUUGCCUCAUCAACGCCACACCCGUCGCCGUGGUUCACCUUUCGACCAGAUAGGACGUGAUGAGAGAGGCAUAAGAAGGUGUGGUAUGCAUCAAGGUGUGCAAGAUGAUGGUUUUGAGCCAUCUCUGCAUCCUGCUCAACUAGCUGAACUACAUGCAGAGGCUGAACUUGCAGAGAGAAGGAAGUUUGGGGAGAGGAGAGCGUACCGUCGAUCCUUGGAAGAGAGCCCUACUGGUAAUAAAGAGAUGAUGUCGUACCAUGGAGAAGGCGACAUGCACUUUACUGAAGGUGACGGCGUUCAACGGGAGGCUGAUGGCCGCUUCAGGAACAAAUUGGAGCACCGAGCUAGGGGUGAGCAAGAAGAUGGCUACAGGCACAGGGGUCCUCAAGGGUGGCGUGAUGGCAACUCCAAUGACAGCAGACCGAAGAAGAGGAGGUACUGACUGACCUAGUCUGGAACUGCCAUGGCUAUGAGUGAAUCUAGACUGAUAAAUAGUAGCCUUCCCGAUCAACUAUUCCUUCUCUAAACCAAGUGAAGAAGUAUUUGGCAACCAUAUCCUCUUCCUCCAUUGGUUUGUUUGUUUCGUUAUUUCUCAGGAGAUCUGCUGCAGUUUAGCAUCUACAGCCUUGGCUCCUGCCUUGCAUAAACUGAAGCUAGCAUGGAGGCUGUAACCGAUAAUUCUCGCCAAUUCAAAGCAAACGAGUGAUGCCUUGUCUCUGUCUGCCAUGUUCAGUGCUUGGCUUAAACUGGGCAACAAGAAGUCUCUCUCUGGGCCAAGGCUACUUGCAGUCUUCUUGCACGGUAUUGGUAUUUGGUAGGGCCUCCUCGUGUAUUAAAGUUGGCUUGUCUCUAUAAUUUGGUUCUUUGGUCUAGACAAAGCAGAUGGGAUAGUGUCAUCGUGCUGCUGGAUAGUGGGAUGCGGAUGCUCGGUGUUAGGAGUUGUUGCUGUCUUGGACCCGACUUUUAUUUAGCAAUUUAAUUCAAGGAUGUACACCGCCGGGCAAUCUGGUUUCCAUGGAAUAAAUGUGUGGCGUGCUUGGUUUGCACUGCCCCCUUUUUUUUA